CGCUGAAAUAUUUGUGUGUUUAACAAAAACCUUAAAAAUACCGAAAAAGCAAAACAAAACCCUAAAAAUAGGAAUCGAAUACCCAAUAGUUUUUUUUUUUGUUUUUGAUAAAAAUUGCGAAUAGAGUUACUUUAAUCGCCUUCCUGAUCCACCAAAGCUCUCCUGUCGAAUUUUCCAGAUCAAUGCUGUUCUUAAUUAACUGAAUUGAUUUUAUUCCUUGAUUUUGACGUGAGAAAAGCAUAAAGAUUGAGAUUUGUGUGUAAUGUGAGAAGAUGAAGUUUGGAGAGACGUUUACGGAAUAUCUACGUGGAGAAGAGGAGUGGUUCUUGGAAAAAUGUCGUCAUGUAGAAUAUAAGAAACUCAAGAAAGUGUUGAAGAAAUGCAAGACGACAUGUAACUCCACACGAUCUAAUGAUGAACACAUCAUCUCAUCGGCUACUUCUCUGUCUGAUUCAUGCCAAUGCCAAUCUUGCCCUUGGUGUGAUGAGAUGUUCUUUGAGGAACUGAUGAAGGAAGCUUCUGACAUAGCGGGAUGCUUCAGGUCAAGAGUGAGGCAUCUUCUCCAUCUUCAUGUAGCCAGUGGGAUGCAGAGAUACAUGAUGAGUCUACGCAGAUGCUUCACGGACGAAAGACAAGCUUUACUCCAAGAGGGUCAAAUCUUGAUUCAGUACAUCACCAUGAAUGCGAUCGCCAUCCGUAAAAUCCUCAAGAAAUAUGACAAGGUGCAUAGCUCAGUGGAUGGGAAGAAGUUCAAGUUGAAAAUGCGAGCGGAGCGCAUAGAGCUUUUGCACUCACCUUGGCUUAUAGAACUUGGAGCCUUUUAUCUCAAUUGUGGGCUUGAUAAAGUUGGAAACUUCAAGAACUCAACGUUUGGUCGUGUCUCUUGUGAUUAUCUCAACGACGAUCAACCUAUGAUGCAACUCAUGCUGCCUAAUUCAAUAGAGCUCGAGUUUGAUCUAACUUGCGCAAUCUGCCUCGAAACGGUAUUCAAUCCCUAUGCUUUAAAGUGCGGUCACAUAUUUUGUAAAGCAUGUGCGUGCUCGGCUGCUUCUGUAAUGAUUUUCCAAGGCAUCAAAGCAGCACCAAAUAAUUCCAAAUGUCCCAUCUGUAGAGAGGUGGGAGUUUACGCGGAAGCGGUUCACAUGAUCGAGCUGCAUCUUCUCUUAAAGAUACGAAACAAAGAGUAUUGGAAGGAGAGGAUGAUUAGUGAACGGUCUGAGAUGGUGAAGCAGUCGAAGAUGUUUUGGAACGAACAGACGAAGUAUAUGAUCGGUUACUAAUUGUUCGUUUGAAGAGAAAAGUGAUGACCAAAAAAUAAAAAUAAAUUCAGUAAUAACUACACUUUUAUUUAUUUCUGCUAUGCCGGAGAUAGCACUCUGGAGUUUGGAUCUACUGAUUCGAUAUAAAGAAAUGUCAACAUUAGGAGAUGUUUUUUUCUUUUUUCUUUGGUGAUGCACACAUAUCACGUUGUGCGUGAAUACUUCUAUGUUUAAGAUGUUAUUGCUUACAUAUUACUAGUAGUUUUUUCAAA